GAGGCCAUGCCUCCAGCUGCGGAAGCUGCCGCACAGCUGGAGCCGGCGCAGUCUGCGCGGCGCUGUCGCCCUCGCGCUCCCGCUGCCCGGCCCGCGGCCGGCGGACUUCGCGGAGGGCCCCCGGCGUAGGCGGCGACGGGUGUGGGCCGAGCCGGUAUUUAUAGCUCGGUGACAGCUGCGGUGGCAGCGACGCCGCCGGCCCGUCUCGCCGCGCUUCCCAGCGAGGCCGCGGGCGCGGCGGAGGGCUGCGCUCCACCGGGUCUCCCGAGUGCGGACGCCCCGAGCCCGCGCGGCCCCCUUGGUAAACUACGGAAUUGAAGUUUUGAAGGAUGGGUAAAGACUUCCGUUAUUAUUUCCAGCAUCCCUGGUCUCGGUUGAUUGUGGCUUACUUGGUGAUCUUCUUUAACUUCUUAAUAUUUGCGGAGGACCCAGUUUCUCAUAGCCAAACAGAAGCCAACGUUAUUGUUGUUGGAAACUGUUUUUCAUUUGUAACAAAUAAAUACCCUAGAGAAGUUGGCUGGAGGCUUUUGAAGGUGCUUCUAUGGCUCCUUGCCAUUCUCAUAGGACUAAUAGCUGGCAAAUUUCUGUUCCAUCAGCGUUUGUUUGGUCAGUUGCUUCGGUUAAAAAUGUUUCGAGAGGAUCAUGGAUCGUGGAUGACAAUGUUCUUCAGCACAAUUCUCUUUCUCUUCAUAUUUUCUCACAUAUACAACACGAUUCUUCUAAUGGAUGGGAACAUGGGAGCGUAUAUCAUUACAGACUAUAUGGGCAUCCGAAAUGAAAGUUUCAUGAAAUUAGCUGCAGUAGGGACCUGGAUGGGGGACUUUGUCACAGCUUGGAUGGUCACUGAUAUGAUGCUUCAGGACAAGCCCUAUCCUGAUUGGGGAAAAUCUGCAAGAGCUUUCUGGAAGAAAGGAAAUGUUAGGAUUAUUUUAUUCUGGACGGUUCUUUUCACUCUGACAUCUGUGGUUGUACUUGUCAUUACAACUGACUGGAUCAGCUGGGACAAGCUGAAUCGGGGAUUUUUGCCCAGUGAUGAAGUUUCCAGAGCCUUCCUGGCUUCUUUCAUCUUGGUCUUUGACCUCCUUAUUGUAAUGCAGGCGCUAAGGACAUAAAAGAUGAAAAAGACAAAGUCCUUGCCUUCAAGUUAUUGCAAUGUAGCAGAGGAGAAAGACAAAAUCAGCCAACUUGCCAUAUGCAAGGUACUCCUAAUUCAGCCAGGAAAAGCAGAGAUGGCAUCCAAAGAAGGUCAUGAGGAUCCUGGCUUCAAAUGUCAAUGAAAGGAAAUGAAAUACAGGAUGGAGAGAAGUAGCCAACCAAUAGGUUAUGUUUUCAACUGACUCAGUGUUAUCCAAAGCGUAUGCUCAUAUCAUUGAUAUUUUCUUAAAAAUCCUCAGUAUUAUUUUCUAUUUCUUCUAAAAAUAGUUCGUUUCUGGGACUGGCCUAUCUUCACUGGGAAAGACUUGCCUGACAUACUUUUUGAUUCAUUCAAGUCCUAUAAAUAAAUUUUGAUUCUGGUACAGAAAUCUAAUUUGUCACACAGGGAAAAUAAUAAUUACAUUUUGCUUGUGUAUUUUUAAUAAAAAUUAUUUUAAAAUUCAAAUCAAACUAUUGCAUUUGUCAAAAUUCAAGUGAGUUUACAGCAAUUAGAAUAUAUUUUAGAGUAUUUUUGACAACUCAUCUCAAGUGAUUUCUGAAAACAGAACUGCUUUUAGAAUGAUGUUCCUGUUCUCCACACAGCACUGAAAUUGGUAGCUAUAUCACCAUGGCAUAAAAAAAGCUGAAAUUGCAUUUCACAGCAAUCGCCCUCAAUAAAGUCUUUUCUGCAUUGGGGUCAUAUAGGAGGCUAGUGAACAGCUUUAUCUUCCCUUCAUUUUUAUUUACUUUUCUUGACUUUUCCCCUUUUGUUUCUUAAGACAGACAUAUAUGCAUGAUAACUAAAUGCUGUAAAAAGAACAUUUUACUGAAAAGAAAGUUAACUGCUUUUAAUUUGAGAAUUAAUUUUUAGUAGUAUUAAGCUGUAAAGAGAAUGUCAUAGGAAGAAAUUUUAUGUCUUCUAGUUCUUUUGAAAAUUCUGUGCAGCACCAUAAUCACUGGAAAAAGCAUGAAAUUAUAAUUAAUCCGACCAGCAUACUUAUAAUAUAUAACUUUUUAUUAGUAUUAAAAAUAAUAAAAUCAGCAGACCCAAAGUAAAUGGAUAUACAGUGCUGUUUUUAUUACUAUUUCCAAAGGCUGAGGUAACUGAAGUUUCAUGCAUGAUGUUGUAAAAAUUAAAUGAUGCACAAUAAUUUGAAAAAUGAGUUUUUUUUAUACAAGUUGGCCUUUUUAGCUCUAUAUUUUUGUUUAGAAGUCUAUAUCUUUUGGUUGAUAUUGCUUUAGAAUGAUCAAGUUUCUGUUUGAAUAUAGUAAUGAGAUAGUGUUUUGAGCUUCUCAAAAUGAAAGUCUAAGACAUAAAGAGAUUUAGUUCUGUUUGAUUUGACACUUCCUUUCCAUUGGCUAUUUGGAAAUUACAUAGACUCUACCUGGUUACUCAUUUGAGACAUGUGGCAUUACCCAGGAUCACCCAAUCUGUAUUUACCUUGAAUCAGACAUGAUCACAUAUGUAUGGAGAGCCCUAGGGGACUGGCUUGCCAAGAGUUCAUUUGCAUGAUGGAUUGAGGAGGAUUUGGGGAAAUAAUCCAUCCUAUAGGAAUAGAGAAGCUUGAUAGAGUAGGCUAUAUAUAGCACCAGAAGAAUGGAGUUCAUAGAACAGAAAGAAUGACUGCAACAGGAGGCUGGAUCAGCCUAAUUGAUACCUGACCCCAAGAAGAAGCAGAACUGGAAACAUCUUCAACAGUCAUUGGUUGGAGGCAAAACCAGUAAUUCUAGCAGUGGAGGCAGACAGUUUCACAAAGGCUAAUCAGAAUCCUCAGUGUCUUUCCAGCAUUUUCCUAGCAAGUUCAUGAAUAAUAUCUUUUGUGGUCAAUAUCUGUUGUGAGUCAGAAAAGAAAAAAAUGGAAAAGGCAGAUGCUACUUGGUAAAAGCAAGAACCAAGUUCAUGUGCAAUUGUGAGACCCAUUGGUCAACUUCCCAGUACUAGUGUAUGUGUGGCAGUGUGGGGGGAGAUGAUGAGGCAAUUUUUUAAGAAUAAGAGGUCUUGAAAUGCCUUGACUUCCUUUUCCUCUGGAGGUGUCUUGGGGAAGACAAAUGAGUAAGAUAUGAUAAGAAAAAGAAGGACAGAUUACAUGUAAAGCAGAUAAAGGAAAAGAGCUGCACUUGUCAAACAACAACAAAAUGAAACCCAAAUUAAAAGUAUAAAGACGCAAAGUGUAGUGAAAUUAAGCUCCUUUCAUCCAUUUCACAUGUAUAGUAUUGUCUUCUGAAUGAGUUUGUGGAGUCAGCAGAAUCUUAGGAAGAAAUAACAGAAUUAAUAGGAUAAGGGGGAUCACAGUAGUGCCUCACUAGGUAUUCAACUAAAUUCCUAUAAACGAUUUUCUUCUGUUUAUUAUAUUUGGAAUAUUUUUUCCAGUUUCUUUCCAGAAUUGACUUCUUCCCCAAGCUGCAGACCCACAUUCCACUUGUCUUCUGGACACUGCCACCUGAAUAUCCCACAGGAGUCUCAUACUUAACAGUCAGAACCUAUUAUAUGACCUUACCGUUCUCCCCCAAAUUGCUCUGCCUCUUAUAUUUUGUGGUUGUUGUUAAUUAUGUCACCAUCUAUUCAGUCUCUCAAGUAAGGAAAAUAGAUUUGCCUUUUGCUUCUCCCACACCUUUGGUUCUCAUAUCCAAUAUAUUGACAUCAGUGCCAUCAUUAAUUUCUCAAACCUCACUCCUGCCUUCCUAGCACUGGCCUCAUCAAGUCUUCCAUAGACUUUUACAGUAACUUCUUAUCACAAGAUGCUCCCCACUCUAGUCAUUAAUCUACCUACAUUAUUACUAUAGUCAUCUUCCUAAGGACAGGUCUGAUCAUGUCAUUCACCAGCUCCAGAAUCUCUUGUUGGCCCCACUGCAUGUUGUAUAAAGUCCAAUCAUGGAAGCAUUGGAAAUAAAACCCUCAGGUACUGGCCUCUCAGUCUCAUUCCUACCACUCAGAUUCAGCCAUACUGAACUUCUCACCCUUCCCUGCACAAACCUGGACCAUUCACAACUAUUUUAUGCUCUUUUGCUUUAGUUGGAAAAAUCUUAGCCAUCUUAGUCAUCUUUUCAACAGGAGGACAAAAAUCACCUUCUCUGGGGAGCCUUUUUGAAUGCUUUCGGGAAGGAUGACUUUCUUCCCCCAUCUCUGUCCUUUGACACUUUACUUCCUACCUGCAACCUAGCACUUACCAUGUUCAUGAUGAUUUCCCUAUCUUGGUGUCUGUGUCCCAUUAGACUGUGAGAUCCUGUAGGACAGAGAAGUAUCAAAAAUUCUCUGUGUCCCCAGAGCCUCACGGGGAGCCUACACAAUGGCUACAGAGUAAGUGUUGACUAUAUGAAUGAAUAAAAAAGCAUAGUGAAAUGACUAAGUCAGAGGAUGGACACUUAGUGUGGCUUCAGAAAGCAGAACAAUAGGAGGGCAGGAUCUGGCUAAAUGCAGAGCAGAACGUUCUAAGUGUCAGAGCUCUUUUUAGGAAGUAAAAGUGUCCCUUCCGUAGAAAAGCUCGGAAGUGGUUGACCACUUAUGAGUGGUUGGCUAGGGGACUUGUGCAUAAAGUAAGGGGUGGCCGUACUGUAUGCCUCUAAUUCAGUUCAGAAGUUGUGUUAUUCUUCAUUAGUACACAGUCCUCAGAUCAUCUGAUGAUUUCGAGUAAUCAGUAAUAGCUGAAUUUUAACCCUAGCUCUGGAAACUUAUUUCCCAUAAAUAACUGGGAAUGUAUUCAGUUGGAACUCAGCAGAGACAGGGAGAGUGCUAUAUCAAGCAAACACAAAUGGCACACUGUAAUUUUUAGAGGAUUGUACAUAAAAACUAAAGUAUCCUGUUUUUAACCUUGAGAGGAAGUGGGCAUUUGCCUUUUGGUACUCUCAGUGCAGGAAGCAACUUCCUCCCACUCCUGCCUUCUAGUUUGGCAUUAAGGGACAUUGCCCAGUCUGAACUUGGAUUGAGUCCAACCCUGUCUCCUUGUGCUAAAUUGUAGGUCUAAUAUCUCUGUGGUUUUAUAAUAACAUAAAUCAUUAUAAUGCAUUGUUUUUAUAUAGCACCUUUCUCUAAGGAACAUAAAGUGCUGCAUGGACGUUAUCUCAUUAAAUCUCACAGUGCACUGGGGACAUUGAGAGGAUGCAGGUGAUGUUGUAUCCCCUUUGAACCCAGAGUUGAAAAGGAAUUGCUUCAACCAAAACUAAAUAAAAGCAAGAUUGAAUAAAAGCAAGAUUUAUAAGACAAUAUAAGAUUAGAGUUUAAAGAAAGAAAUUGUUGGAAUUAAAGAGAGAUAAAAAAAAGGAAUUGCUCUGAAAAAUGUGAAAGUGUCUAGAGUGUGUUUAUAAAUAUUUGUAGCUAAAAAAUUAAAAUAAUAUAUGACACUUUAGAAAUUUGAAAAGCAAGGGCUUUUUAAACCAUUGGUAAUUUUACUGCAAUACAGAACAAAUUUGGUAUAUUAUCUUCAUAUCUUUUGCUAGCUUUUUGUUUGGUUUGUUUUUUAAAAAAGUAUAUAUGCAAGAUUACUCUUAGAAUUAUAGUGUAUAUUCAAUUUUAUAUUAUGUAUUUUUAACUUAACAAUAUAUCAUAAAGUUUGCAUAGUUUUAAUUCUGAGAAGCUUGUAUAAUUUUCCAUGGAAUGAUAUACUGUAAUUUGUUUCACUCUUCUAUCAUAAGAUUGUUUCCACUUUUUCACUUUAUUGAGUAACAGUAAAUUGAAACUCUAUCUGUAUGCAUAAGGAUUUUUAUAUUUUAAAUUAUUUCCUUAGCAGAAAGAUUUCCACAUGUAGAAUUAUCAAAUUAAUAUGGAUGUAUAAGUAUGUUAAAACAAGUCUACAUAAACAUACUCCAAAAUUAACGAAUAAGUCAGAAAAAGAAAUAGUAAGAAAAUAAAUCUAUCUAAAAACUUACUAUGUUUAUAAGUUGGCAAAGCAACCACUUUAAAAGUGGAAAAGUAAGCAAUAUUUUUCUAUGCACAAACAAGUGUUUUGAUAUUAUUUUCCACCAUGUCUAUAUUUAAUUACUUUGAUAGUGUGAAACCAGAUAAAAAAGAGAAAGUUGACUCUCAUAGAAAACACAGAUUUGUACCAGAUGUAGGAAAGUAGAUUUACUUGGAUAGAACAGAUAAUUUCUCUGCCAUUUUAAUUUACAUGGACAAAUGUUCUCUGAAAAUAAUUAGGUAUGUGUGCAUAUACCAAUACAUGAAGUCCCAUUUCAAGGAGGUAAAUAAGAUUGUAGUUUUCUUAUUAAUUAUAGAAGCAUUGGGGGAAAUGGUAUGCACAUAGCUGUUUUCAGUGGUGAGUUCUUAUAAGGUUAUCUGAUUUAUGCCAUAGUCAUUUACCAAAGUAAUUACCUCAAGACUGAAUCAGGAGGGAAUAGAAAAUAUGAACAGACCAAUUGCCAAUAAUGAAAUUGAAUCAUUAAUUUUAAAAAAAAAAACCUCCCAACAAACAGAAGUCCAGGACCAGACAUUUACAUGUUAGUUCUUCCAAACAUUUAGAGAAGAGUCAAACUAUUCCAAAAAAUUGUAGAGGAAAGAACACCUCUGAACUCUUUCUACAAGGCUGACAUCACUCUGAUAAUAAAACCAGACAAAGAUAUCACAAAAAAAGAAAAUUAUGGGCCAAUAUCACUGAUGAACAUAGAUACAGAAAUCCUCAACAAAAUAUUAGCAAACCAAAUCCAACAAUACAUUAAAAGGAUCAUACACUGUGAUCAAGUGGGAUUUAUCCCAGGGAUGCAAGGAUUUUUCAAUAUCAACAAAUCAAUCAAUGUGUUACACUACCUUAACAAAUUAAAGAAUAAAAAUCAUAUGCUCAUCUCAAUAGAUGCAGAAAAGCAUUUGACAAAAUUCAACAUUUAUUUAUGAUAAAUCCUCUAAACAAAGUGGGUAUAGAGGGAACAUACCUUAACCUAAUAAAAUCCAUAUAUGACAACCUUACAGUUAACAUCAUAGUCAAUGGUGAAAAGCUGAAAGCAGUUCCUGAAGAUCAGGAACAAGCUAAAAAUGCCCACCCUUGCCACUUUUAAUCCAACAUAGUAUUGGAAGUCCUAGCCACAGUAAUGAGACAAGAAAAAUAAAUUAAAGUAAUCAAAAUUGGAAAAGAAGUGAAAGUGUCACUGUUUGCAGGCGACAUGAUGCUAUACAUAGAAAAUCCUAAAGACACGAGUAAAAAACUAUUAGAACUCACCAAUGAAUUUGGUAAAAUUGCAGGAUAUAAAAUUAAUAUACAAAAAUCUGUUGCAUUUCUAUACACUAAAAAUGAACUAUCAGAAAGAGAGAUUAAGAAAGUCCCAUUCACAAUUGCAUCAAAAGGGAUAAAAUUCCUGGGAAUAAAUCUAACUAAGGAGGUAAAAGAUCUGUACUUGGAAAACUGAUGAAAGAUAUUGAAAGUGACACAAACAGAUGGAAAGAUACACUGUGCUUAUGGAUUGGGAGAAUUAAUAUUGUUAAAAUUACCAUACUACCCAAGACAAUCCACAGAGUAAUUGCAAUCCUUAUCAAAAUACCAAGGAACUUUUCACAGAACUAGAACAAAUUAGUUUAAGACCUCAAAUAGCCAAAACAAGCUUGAGAAAGAAGAACAAAGCUGGAAGAAGAACAAAGAGCAUUCCCUGAUUUCAAACUAUAGUACAAAGCUACAGUAGUGAAAACAGUAUGUUACUGGCAGGAAAACAGACAUAAAGAUCAAUGGAAUAGAAUAGACAACCCAGAAAUGAAUUCACACUUAUAUGGGCAAUUAGUCUAUGACAAAGUAUGAUUUCACUUAUACGCAGAAUCUAAAAACAAAACAAAUGAACAAACAUAACUUACAGAAGCAGAGUCAUAGAUACAGAGAACACAUGGGAUGAUGACUAGACUUAUGGUGAUCAUUUUGAAAUGUACAGAAAUAUGGACUCACUAUGUUGUCUGCCAGGAGCAAACAUAGCUUUGUAGGUCAACUACACUUCAAAAACAAACAAACAAACAAACAUAGAAAAAGAGAUCAGAUUUGUGGCUACCAAAGGUGGGGGAUGAGGAGGAAUUAGAUGAAGGCAGUUAAAAGGUACAAACUCCAGUUACAAGAUAAAUACGUACUAGGGAUGCAGUGUACAACAUGAUAAAGAUAAUUAAUACUGCUGUACAUUAUAUAUGAAAUUUGUUAAGAGAGUAAAUCCUAGAGUUCUCUUCACAAGGAAAAAGAUUUUCUAUUUCUUUAGUGUUGAAUCUAUAUGAGAUGUUGGAUGUUCACUAAAUUUGUGGUAAUCAAAUCAUGACAUAUGUAAGUCAAAUCAUUAUGUUGUAUACCUUAAACUUACGCAGUGCUAUAUGUCAAUUAUAUCUUAAUAAAACUGGGGGGAAAAGUGGA